CAUAUUGUACGUGGCAUCGCUUCUCCAAAAUGCCAAGACCGGUUGGGAUUUAAGGCCCGAUCAACCACACUCGAUCUACAGAUCCAGUCAUUGCAACAUACGUUCAAAUACCUCACAUCCUCCACAAUGUCACUUCCAUCCCCCGUCAAAGCUGCCCCGCAUAUUCUGCAACUUCUCUCCCAACUCCAUGAAACCUCAUUGAAACAAGAGGCCACUAUUUCAGACAAGAAAAAGGUGUUCUCUUCCGACAUUCUGGGAGACUUCGAGGAUAAGCAGGCUAGCAAUCCAAAAGAUGAUUUUGACCGCCUCAUGCUGGACAAAUUCAUCGCGUUGGAUCAAGAUAAAUGCGAGUUCACAUAUCAACUGAUCCACGCCAUGGGCGCGACCAACAUUGUCGAGGCGGGGACCAGUUUCGGCGUCAGCACAAUCUACCUCGCGCUGGCUGUUGCCGGGACCAAAACCGCCACGGGCAAAUCGGGGAUUGUCAUCGCGACAGAAAAGGAAAAGGAGAAGGCUGCCAUUGCCCGGCAAUACUGGGCGCAGUGUGGGCCAGCCGUUGAACAGGAAAUCGAUCUGAGGGAGGGCGAUCUGCUGGAAACCCUGAAGGAGGGGCUGCCACAAGUCGACCUUCUCCUUCUCGACAUUUGGGCGCCUUUGUCGCUCCCGACCCUCAAGACUGUUCUGCCUCGCCUCCGACCUGGAGCUGUUGUGCUCACUGACAAUACCAUCUCGGGGGCAAAGGGCUAUGCAGACUUGCUGGCGUAUUUGCGAGCACCCGAGAAUGGAUUCUUCAAUCAGACUUUGCCCUUUACGAAUGGGUUUGAGAUGAGUGUUUACAGGCCAGAGUCGAAAUAGAUAUAGAUAGUUCUGGAUAGUCCUUGGAACCUAAGUUAUCAUAGUUGUGGUCAAAAAUUCAUUCAUUGUUAAUUAUACGUCGAGAUAUAUAUUAG